AUGGCCAUAGACCGGCGGCGCGAGGCGGCAGGCGGCGGGCCCGGGCGGCAGCCGGCCCCGGCCGAGGAGAACGGCUCCCUGCCGCCCGGGGACGCGGCGGCCUCGGCGCCCCUCGGGGGACGCGCGGGCCCCGGCGGCGGCGCGGAGAUCCAGCCGCUGCCUCCGCUGCAUCCUGGAGGCGGCCCGCACUCGAGCUGCUGCUCGGCUGCUGCGGCCCCGAGCCUCUUGUUGCUGGACUAUGACGGGUCGGUGCUGCCCUUCCUCGGGGGCCUGGGCGGGGGCUAUCAGAAGACCCUCGUGCUGCUCACCUGGAUCCCGGCGCUGUUCAUCGGCUUCAGCCAGUUCUCGGACUCGUUCCUCCUGGACCAGCCCAACUUCUGGUGCCGCGGGGCCGGCAAAGGCACCGAGCUGGCGGGGGUCACCACCACAGGCCGGGGGGGGGACAUGGGCAACUGGACCAGCCUCCCCACCACCCCCUUCUCCACUGCCCCCUGGGAGGCUGCGGGCAACCGGAGCAACAGCAGUGGCGCGGACAGAGGCGACACACCACCCCUGCCAUCCCCUCCGGACAAGGGGGACAACGCCUCCAACUGUAACUGCCACGCGUGGGACUACGGCAUCCGCGCCGGCCUCGUCCAGAACGUGGUCAGCAAGUGGGAUCUUGUGUGUGAUAAUGCCUGGAAGGUCCAUAUCGCUAAGUUCUCCUUACUGGUUGGAUUAAUCUUUGGCUACCUAAUAACUGGAUGCAUUGCUGACUGGGUCGGCCGGCGGCCUGUGCUGCUGUUUUCCAUCAUCUUCAUUCUGAUCUUUGGACUGACUGUGGCACUGUCAGUGAAUGUGACAAUGUUCAGCACACUCAGGUUCUUUGAAGGAUUUUGCCUGGCUGGAAUAAUUCUCACCUUGUAUGCAUUACGAAUAGAGCUGUGCCCCCCUGGAAAACGGUUCAUGAUUACGAUGGUGGCGAGCUUCGUGGCCAUGGCGGGCCAGUUCCUCAUGCCCGGGCUAGCCGCCCUGUGCCGGGACUGGCAGGUGCUGCAGGCCCUCAUCAUCUGCCCCUUCCUGCUCAUGCUGCUCUACUGGUCGAUAUUCCCCGAGUCCCUCCGGUGGCUGAUGGCCACCCAGCAGUUUGAGUCUGCAAAGAGGCUGAUCCUCCACUUCACACAGAAGAACCGUAUGAACCCUGAGGGUGACAUCAAGGGUGUGAUGCCAGAGCUGGAGAAGGAGCUUUCCCGGAGGCCCAAGAAGGUCUGCAUCGUGAAGGUGGUGGGGACCCGGAACCUGUGGAAGAACAUUGUGGUCCUGUGUGUGAACUCGCUGACAGGGUACGGGAUCCACCACUGCUUUGCCAGGAGCAUGAUGGGCCACGAGGUGAAGGUGCCGCUCCUGGAGAACUUCUACGCUGACUACUACACCACGGCCAGCAUCGCGCUGGUGUCCUGCCUGGCCAUGUGCGUGGUGGUCCGGUUCCUCGGGCGCAGAGGCGGCCUGCUGCUCUUCAUGAUCCUCACCGCCCUGGCCUCGCUCCUGCAGCUCGGCCUCCUCAACCUGAUUGGAAAGUACAGCCAGCACCCAGACUCAGGGAUGAGUGACAGCGUCAAGGACAAAUUUUCCAUCGCGUUUUCCAUCGUGGGCAUGUUUGCCUCCCAUGCAGUGGGGAGCCUCAGCGUGUUCUUCUGUGCAGAGAUUACCCCGACGGUGAUAAGGUGCGGCGGGCUGGGGCUGGUGCUGGCCAGCGCGGGCUUCGGCAUGCUGACGGCACCCAUCAUCGAGCUGCACAACCAGAAAGGCUACUUCCUGCACCACAUCAUCUUUGCCUGCUGCACGCUCAUCUGCAUCAUCUGCAUCCUCCUGCUGCCCGAGAGCAGGGACCAGAACCUGCCUGAGAACAUUUCCAACGGGGAGCACUACACGCGCCAGCCGCUGCUGCCGCACAAGAAGGGGGAGCAGCCACUGCUGCUCACCAACGCCGAGCUCAAGGACUACUCGGGCCUCCACGAUGCCGCAGCCUCGGGUGACACACUGCCCGAGGGUGCCACGGCCAAUGGCAUGAAGGCCAUGUAGCCUGGCCCGCAGAACCCGGGGCUCAAGGGUUUGGGGCCGCUCGGGCACAGGUUUACAGACCAGGGACCGAAUGCAUGGCCCGGAGGGGGAAAGCUGCCCCACCCAAGCCGAGCCUCUCCAGGGUGUGGGGAAAUCCUGUCUUUCCACAAGUCCAAGGAGCACAGGUCGGAGGAGACGAACUCUUUGGAAAUAACCCUUCCAAGACUUUCUUUUCUGCCAUUAAAUGUUUGUAUUUAUUUUGGUCAUUUUUACGAGAAGCACUUUAUUCCCUCCCCCUCACCGAUCACAAAUGGAAUCACCUCUUUCGGCAGCGAGAUGCAGUCACUCUGGGAAGAUGCUGCAGUGACCAUGGUCGCGGCCGGUUCCUCUCGGGAGACGGGACACGGUUCCUCGCAACACCCAGGAGCCCCCCAGGCUGCCUGCCUGUGUGCAGAGGCAGGACACAACUGUGGAGCGUUUCCAGGACUGCAUUUUAGGCAGAGUGAAAUGUACAUGAAUUUGGCUUUUGCUAGAGAGUCUGUGUAUGGUUUUUUAAGGUCCUUUUUCCCUUUCUGUUUGCAAGGUAAGAGCUUCUAUUCCGUGUGCAGGGAAAGCAGCUCACAGACGCCAUUAAAACCAGCUUCAUCUUUCCUUCAGGAUCAUCCUUUUGUACUUGAUGCUGGACGCUCUUGGAGAAAAAGCUUAAAUAUUUCACCAGAAAUCUUAAUUGAGCAGCGGUCAUAUCGCCACAGCUUUGUGAGUACACAGCUAACAGAUGCGUCGAGGCCUGAGAUGUGCUCGUUUUUAUUCCUCCUCUCCCAGAUUGGCUCCAGCAGAAAAGCCCCCCGUGCACAGCCAGCUCUUGUGCCAGCACUACUUGAAAACAUGGCCACUUUCUAAGCUACAAACAAUGAGAAAAUAACUCGAAAAGAUGGCAGAGGCAAAUCCACAGAAGGGGGGACUGCCCUCCACACGCGCCCAUCACCCACACCUCGAGCACACACCAGGAAGAUCACCAGCUUGGAUGGCUUGUCACCUCAGACAUCACUCCAGGAAGCACCCGCAGGAGCUGGGCCCCCCACGCCUGCCUUCCUGGGCCAGCCUCCUGCUUGUAGUCACUCGCUUAGCACAGAGGCAGGGCUUCCGGCAGGGAGCGGAGAUUCCUCAUAGGUGAGUCCAAAUGACCUCCAGCCUCUCGAAGGCAUCAAGACAAACUGAAAGAAAGCAAUAACUCACCAAAGCUCAACGCUGCCCCUGCCCCGACUUCCAAGGGUGUCUUCGUGUUCCUCGUUUCACCCCAGAAGGUAAAGGUUUCCUCUUGGCAUUUUCGGAGGAAAUGUGUAGGACACCCAAGGCCACUAAGAGACAGCCUCCUUGGCAAGGGCAGGCACCACUUUUGUAGCAACUUGGGCACCAGCUUUUCUGGACAGCCUGGCUUCUUACUGGGAUUGUCCAACUCAUCCCUUCUUGAAGCGUGUCUUUGCCAUGGACUGUGUCCUUCCAGGGAAAUCGUGGUCUCGGGCCUGGGUGAGACAAUGAAGUGACUUCCAACCGACAUUGCUAGAAUUCACAGGGCAGAAAAGGGGUUGACCUUCUCCCCUUCCAGCUUUCCACCCGGCCUGCUGUUUGCUGUCUCCGCCCAUGUCUCCUCCACAUGCGGUCCACACAUCAGCAGGAGCCUGGUGAUGUGUGAAGACACAGCAAGGGGCAAGCAGACUCAUGGCCACGUGUUUCCAGUGGCUGGACCACGCCGACACCUGGGAUCUUGAGGUACCCAGGAAGGGAGGCUGUCUGGCCGGCUUCUCCCCACCUCCACUUGCAACACGUCCAGCUCAUCCUCAUCUUCCCUCUUUUUUAAAGUCACGUUUCCAUGUUUCAACAUUAGUUUGCAUUCACCUUUACAAAGGCCUUUCUUUAGAUCUGUGCAGCCUUUGCGUGCCAAACUUGUGAAAUUCCUUUUACCUUUUUUGGAGUACUUGCUACAAAGCCACCUGUCAACAAACCCCCGUUACGUACAGAAUAGGACCUGUCCAGUAGCCAGGCCCAUAGGCAGUUGGGGAAGGUGGGAAGGAUCCAGCGAGGCCCCUGAGCCCGCACCUGGACAGGUGUACGUCUGCACCCAUCACCCCCAGCACCAGGCCACCCUGCAGUCCAGUCCACUUACUACUGUGUUGCGGAAGGAUUUGCUAAGUGAUGAAAGUUGCGAGCAGCCUCACGCUGGUCAUGUAAACUUUUUUUUUUUUUUUUUUUUUGGGAAAUUGAAGCUGUAGAGUGCUGCCCGAAAUCUCUAGGAAGGUGGUGGCAAGGGACAGUACUCACACUCUUCUGGUCAUGGUCUCUGAUCUCCACCUCAAAUGACAAUAAAAAACCGGUCCAACGAAGACAGUGCUCAGCACUUCAGGCAUCAGGACUAAUCCAUCAGUGACUGGAAACGAGGCUAGCGCUGAGGCCUGGGCUCCUGGGACCAGAGUCCAGCGGGUGUGAGUGAGGCUGACUUGCCGACGGCCAGCAGGGGAUGUCUCUCAGCCGGCAAGGCGGUCCCACAGCUGUCCUCCCACGGCAGCCUCAGGAGGAGGCUGGGUGCCUGUUCUGUGGCAGCUUCAGCCCAGGGAUAUCCAGCUGUCGAGGAACACCUUUAUAAAAUGUUGCCAGAGCAGCAACACUUCCCGCUGAGCACAGCCCCGGGAAAUCUGGUACCAAGUGAGCAAGGCGGCCGGGCCCACCCAAGCCCGCCACGCGCCUGGGCCCGCCUGGCUCUGCAGGGGAGGCUGCUACGGCUGCCCACUUCCCAGCACAGUCUGUGGCGCUUGAACCCCUCAGUCCUGUUCCCUUCCUGGCUAAUAGGGAGACCCUUCUCAGGCACCCACUGUUUCAACUUGACCCUCCCACCCCCUGCUCCUCCACACACCCCUGCGUCCUGCUAGCCUACCCUGUCAGCCUUUCAAUAAACGUGAUGCACAAAUGUGGACACCUGA